GGGCAGGCGGGCAGCCCGCCCGGAGCCGCACCGGUUGCUCGGUGCCGGCGGAGCGGCGCCGCGCCGCGGGCUAUAUAAAGGGCGGCGGCCGCUCGGCGCUCCCUCACACCGGCCGGGCCGGUGCCCCGACAGCAUGGCCCGCGGCGGGGCUCCAUGGGAGGUGGUCUCCCCCCGUGCCUCCCGCGGACCCUCCUCUUCCUCCUCCUCCUCCUCUUUCCGCUCCUCCCGCACCCGUGGCUGCCGCUGCUACCCGCUGGCCGCCGCGGGCCGCGCGUAAAGGCCGGGCCCGGGGGGGCGGCUCCGCUGCCCUCGCAGCCGUCGCGCCCGGAGCCCGGGGGGGGCCGCAGCCGCCGCCCGCGGGCAUGCGGCGGCCCCGCUGCCGCUGCGGCCGUCGAGACGCGGAGCGGGGCGGAGGGCGGCGGGGCUACGCCUAGGGGCGGCCGGAGCCCCAUGCCCGGGGCUCGGCGGGCAGGCGGCGGGGCGAUGAGGCGGCGGGGACAGCGGGCUCAGCCGGCCCCCGCUGCCCCCCGCUCCCCAGUCCGCGGGGAGUAAGGCAGCUCCGCGCUCCCGGAAGGGCGGGCGGGGAGGUGGUGCCGGAGCGGGGAUGCUGCAGCCCUCCCCCGGCGCCCACGGGGUCCUGCCGGGGUAGAGCCCCGCCGUGCCGUGCCGUGCCGAGCUCCGCCGUCUGCGGGGGCGUCGGCCGCGGAGGGAUGGAGCCGGCGAGCCCCUGCCGGGCGCCGCUGCUCCCCGCCAACGACUCUUACCACGGGCGAAACUGCAGCGCCGAGGAAGAGAUCUACCAAGAUGCCACCCCCCUCUCCGGGAAGAUCAUACUCGCCGUCGUCCUGGCGCUCGUCACCCUGGCCACGGUGCUCUCCAACGCCUUUGUCAUCGCCACGGUCUACCAGACGAGGAAACUCCACACGCCGGCCAACUAUCUCAUCGCCUCGCUGGCCGUCACCGACCUCCUCGUCUCCAUCCUCGUCAUGCCCAUCAGCACCGUGUACACUGUGACCGGCAGGUGGACGCUGGGCCAGAUCGUCUGCGAUAUCUGGCUAUCCUCGGACAUCACCUGUUGCACGGCGUCCAUCCUGCACCUCUGUGUCAUCGCCCUGGACCGCUACUGGGCAAUCACCGACGCCGUCGAGUACUCCACGAAAAGGACUCCCAAGCGGGCAGCGGGCAUGAUCGCCCUGGUGUGGGUCUUCUCCAUCUGCAUCUCCAUGCCCCCCUUGUUUUGGCGGCAGGCGAAGGCCGAGGAAGUCUCUCACUGUGUGGUGAACACGGACCACGUCCUCUACACCGUGUACUCCACGGUGGGAGCCUUCUACUUCCCCACUUUGCUGCUGAUAGCCCUCUACGGGAGGAUCUACGUGGAAGCCAGAUCGAGAAUUUUGAAGCAGACGCCAAAGAAAGCGGGUAAAAGACUAACUCGGGCUCAGCUGAUCACAGACUCCCCGGGGUCGUCCUCCUCCGUCACGUCCAUAAAUUCCAAGGCCCCCGAGGGAUCCAGCGAAACGGGCUCGCCCGUGUACAUGAACCAGGUGAAGGUGAAGGUCUCGGACGCCCUGCUGGAGAAGAAGAAACUCACGGCCGCUAGAGAGCGGAAAGCUACAAAGACUUUAGGGAUUAUUUUAGGAGCCUUCAUCGUCUGUUGGCUGCCCUUUUUCAUCAUCAGCCUGGUGUUGCCUAUUUGCAAGGACGCUUGCUGGUUCCACAUGGCCAUCUUUGACUUUUUCACGUGGCUCGGAUAUCUCAACUCCCUCAUCAAUCCCAUCAUCUAUACGAUGUCGAACGAAGACUUCAAACAAGCUUUCCACAAACUCAUACGUUUCCGAUGCACAAGCUGAAAAUGUUGAAUGCGAUGUGUUCGCCGGGGCUGCCCCCAUGCACGCCCGUGCCCGACGCCACAGAAUCAAGUUGCUAUUGUAAAGACCCACUGCUUGAAACUUCCCCAAGCCAGUUGCCAGACUCAUGAUGCUGCAAAAACGUCAAUACAUACUGCCACCAAACUGCUCAGCUCUGCAUUUCAGUGUAAUGACUCUGGCAGAGAUGCUGUUCCAAUAGACAUGCAGAUAUGUU